CAAGAAGAAGCCCGAGCUCGAGCCAUUCAAUCAUUUCCUGAUUCCAGUCAGUCGAGCUCUACUCCUGUCUCUACUUCUGUAGGAAAACGGCCACGUAGUUGUAACGAAUUUGGGCCAAUUGGCGGCUCCGUUAGUCCCGUUAGGCACGUUAACGGUUUGUGUUUAACGAUGGCAGCUAACAGGACAACUGCCGGGGCGCGCGCUUAACGUUAGCAGAUGCAUCAUCAUCAAAUGCAGUCAAAUCCUAAACCCGACUCUGAAAACACUAACGGGACCUGGACUAACAGCAUGGACGCUUCUCAGUACCCUGGUUACCCGUCCCACUACUGGUAUCCUCAGACUCAUUCCUCAGGACAUUAUGCAAACAGCUAUCCCUCAGGAUCAGAGGUCCAGCCACAGUACAACCCACAGGUAAUGCCUGCAGGUUAUCCAAACGGCCACGGUGUCUACAGCCCAGCGCAGACUCAAUAUCCGGCGAGUGGUUUCCACCCGUCCAACCCUUUCUACUGUGCGGACGCUCAGAGGCCGGCUCCAGGUCCGUAUCCGAACCAGGGCGGUCCAGCGGAGCAGAGCAGCGGGCCGUCCGGGCAGCCACACUCUCAACACCAACAUCAUCACUAUCCUGGUCCACACUGCCAAGGGGCUCCUGGAUAUCCUCCCGGUGCGUACCCUCACUACAGCGAAGGGGGCCACGCGAGCCCCCCGUACCCCCCCGGCCAGCCUCUCCACCCAAACCCCCAGGCCGACGCGUGGGCGCACUCUGGCGCCUACGCCCCCCCGCAGCAGCCGUGGCCGCCCGGCCAGCAGCCUCCACAGAACCACUACGGGAACCCCGUCCGUCCAGCGCACCCCCCAGCAUGGCCCGGGACGGGAACCGGGGCUCCGCCUCCCUACCAGCCCAAGGAACAACAGCAGCCGCGCGCUCCACAGGCGGGACCCAAACCGCGGCCCAACCCCUCGCUGAAUCCCCCGAGUGCAAAGCCUGCCGAAAUAAGCUCGCCCCCGCAGCUGUACAACAACAACAAACAGGGGCGAGGUGAGCCCAGUCCUUCGCCCCAGCCCCAGGCCCAGACCCAGACCCAGCCCCAGGCCCCGCUGAGCGAUAACCCGGGCCUGGCCAAGGUCCAGCAGGUCAUGGCGAGGAUGCUUCUGCUCCAGGAAGACGUGGACGAGUUUGUCGGCAGAAAGACGGACAAGAGCUACCGGUACCUGGAGGAGCUGCUGACCAAAGAGCUGCUGGAGCUGGACUCGGUGGAGACUCAGGGACAGGACAGCGUCCGGCAGGCCCGGAAGGACGCGGUGCAGAAGAUCCAGGCCAUCCUGGACCGGCUGGAGAGGAAAGCCUUCUGAUGGACCCCCACAACGGGGACCGGUUUACCGGUUUGGGGGUGCGCUGAGUCUACGCUGUUAUUUUUUUUGGUUUGUUUUUUCUUCUUCUUCCAGAUCUUCCAUGGACACAAUGAGAGUCUCUUUCUCUCUGUGUCUCUCUCUCUGUGUCUCUCUCUCUGUGUCUCUCUCUCUGUGUCUCUCUCUCUGUGUCUCUCUCUCUGAGCGCUCUC